CGUGAAGACGUAAGCUAUUACCCAUCAAAGGUUCCGAGAUGAAUAUUUUAACAUUCCGUUACCACGGAGCUUCCUUUAACGAUUGUAUUGUGAUGUGCUCACUAAUAUAAUUGACCUUAACAUCUAAGCUUUCUAUGCUGAUUUAAGCUCUCAACUACAAGACUCAACUACAAAUAACAUUACCAUCCUUAGGGAACAGAGACAGCGUUAUGCCGGAACAAACUUCCUCACCGCAAGCUCUCCUCGACAAUCAGACCUCAGAUCCAAUCGUCAAAACAGAGUCGGGCGACGUUCGGGGCAGUAUUGUUGACAAGGUCCAUGUGUUUAAAGGGGUGCCAUUUGCUGCACCGCCUUUCGGGCCCAACUACCUCCGUCCUCCGCAGCCGCCAGAACAUUGGACUGGCGUGCGUGACACGCUAAGCUUCGGGCCCAAGUGUCCGCAGGUCCCCUAUCCGCCGGGCAUCGCUGAGGGCCUCGCAGAGCUAGUCGGCAAUGGUGAAGACUGCCUGACACUCAACGUCUGGACACCUAGCCUCGGCACCUCAGGACUGCCAGUAAUGGUUUGGAUUCCCGGUGGUAUGUUUGAAUUCCAUGCCACUGGUGCUGUAGCCUACUACGAUGGUAGUAGGUUUGCCCGCGACGGCGUUGUGUGUGUCACCAUUAAUUACCGGGUGGGUGCCCAAGGAUUUCUCUAUCUAGACAAUGGAACCCCCAACCUUGGCCUACUUGACCAAAUCGCCGCUCUCGAAUGGGUGCAGGAGAACAUAACCGCAUUCGGCGGAGACCCCAGCAAGGUCACUAUCUUCGGGGAGUCGGCUGGUGCCAUGAGUGUCGCCACGCUAAUGGCUAUCCCAAAAGCUAAGGGGCUGUUUCACCGGGCGAUUGUGCAAAGCGCAAGCAAUCCAAAGCUCAACUCAGUAGCAACAGCGAGGCGGAUCGCACGGCGAUUGGCAGAGAUCCUAGGCGUCGAGGCCAAAUGGGAUGUUAUUCAGGCGAUACCAUCUGAUCAGAUCCUUCAUGCUCAGGCCCAGCUGCGAGACGAACUGACCACGUGCCCUGACCCAGCUUUCUGGGGCGAGAUUGCGCUCAGCUUUAUCCCGUGGGCUCCCACUAUCGACGGGGAUAUUAUCCCGGUACAUCCAAUCGAUGCUAUCCGUGCUGGCGCUUCAACGGACAUUGACUUGCUCAUUGGCUCCAACACUGAGGAAACACGUCUUUUCUUAGUCCCAGACGGUUCCAUCGAUCGCAUUACGGAAGAGAUGUUAUCUAUGAUAGCAGGAAUGUACGGCUUGGCACCAGAGGGCCUCGACGCGUAUCGUGAGUUACAUCCGGGAGUUAGUACUGGUGAGCUCUUCUCAGCGAUCCAGACCGACUGGUUCUGGAGGAUUCCCGCCAUUCGCUUUGCUGACACCCAUGAAUUGGCGGCUCGAUCUUUGACCUACAUGUAUGAAUUCGCCUGGCAAUCGCCUCAGAUGGGCGGUCGCCUCGGCGCUUCACAUUCCUUGGAGAUACCCUUUGUCUUCGACACGCUCGGCCUCGGAACGGAGCCCCUUCUUGGCCCAGCUCCAAUGCAAGAGCUCGCUGACACCAUGCAUCGAGCCUGGGUCGCAUUUGCCACCACAGGAGAUGUCGGGUGGCCAAAAUAUGAUUCUAGACGCAGGUCAACUAUGCAUUUUGAUACGGCAUCGAGAACAGUGGACAAUCCCCUUGAUAAGAAGCUUAAGAUCUGGGACAGCGUGCAUCAGCUUCCUGGCUAAAAUGGGCACCGAGAGUAUAGUAGCGUGGCUGUCAUUGUCUGUACGUCGAUCGAACUUCUGUACGCCGAAUGUGACCAAAGAGACCAACAGUCGGUCGUACUAUUAAUCGUUCUGUAUUUGAACGCUCCUGUACCACCUUCUUAGCCGGGAUGAGGAGCAAAUUCUAUCAGAGGAUUUAUCUUUUACUUGAAGCAAAUUACAACAAUGCAAAAGAUUGACCAAGGGGCUAUAUCUCUUGAACAUAGUUUCAUUCUUCAACUCCGCAUUGCAUACUACUAGCUCUAAGGAUAUGAUGACUGUUGAGAAUUUGUCACAUUGCUAUGGCACCAAAACCCACUUCCAAACUAAGCUACAGUCCUUGCUGACUGUGAAUUAUUCUGACUGAUCGAAUGCCAUAAACAAAGUACUCUGUCUGCAACCAACAUAUUCAGCCA